UGAUGUCAACUUAGCCACCGAAUGCAAAGUCAAGUGGAUUCAGUCAUUUAUUGUUGUGUUUGCCAAAAUGUCUGAAAAAGAACUUGGACAGAAAUUGGAUCGCUGCCUUGCGGACUGUGCUGUCAAAAUCGGUGCUGGUCUUGGUUUAGGUAUUGUUUUCUCCGUCGUCUUCUUCAAACGUCGGACGUUGCCAAUUGCUUUUGGCACAGGAGCAGGUCUUGGCAUGGCAUAUUCAAACUGCCAAAAUGACUUGAGAUCACCAUAUCUACUGCACAGUAACACUAUCAAGGAACAGUAGUGCUAGUGAUGGAUAUUCUUCAUCGGUUGUUCAGCUGUUUGCGGUUCGACAGUGCGGGCGGGUGUCUCUCUAUGGGCUGGCGCCCUCCCAGUAUCAUUUCCAUGUGCCUCAACAAGAUAACCUUUUAUUUAAUAAAAUGUUGAAAAAGAAAUUUGUUAAUUCUCAUUUAAUGACCAUAUGGUGGUCAGCAUCCCAUUAAAAUUACACGGUGAUAAUAUGACAGAUAUUUUCUGUGGUGGUUUCUUAGUACAUUGCUUUGCUGAAAAAUUGCUGCAAGUACACUAUGGCAAUAGAAGGGUUAACGGGCAUUUUUGGCGGAGGACCAAGACAGUACCAUGCCAAAUACAUGGUUCUGCCCGAAUGUUGUGGACAAAUUCUGUUCAACAUGAACCCCCUCUGCUUUUAAGUAGAGUUAUGUUGAGCACCUCUCCUCUUUUGUUUGAGAGAGGUAGAGAAAGAUGGGGAUUGGUUCAUUCGUUCAUUUAAUUGCUCUGAGUUUCUUUUUUUUUCCUCAGUGGAGUAGAAGAGUGACUGCAGCUGAAUAAAACAGAAUAAAACAUAUGAACGCUUUUUGUAAAUACUGGUGAUGUUCAGUGAUUGUUACAGUUUUCAUAAUUAAUAUAGAGAGAAAAAUCACAAGCAUGCCUACAGUGCUGAAUGGUACUGUACAAU